AUGUCCGUCUGCCUCCCCGCCCGCGCUAAUCCGGGGUCGCUGCCCGCCCAGCGCGUCGCGAUUCGCCGCGGGCCCACCGUCCGUGCGACGCGAUGCUCGGCUGCAUCCACCUCAGCCACCUCAACCUCCGUUGAGGCCUUGUCUCCCGAGCAGCUCAAGCGCAACAUUUUGAGGCUCGGUGCGCUCACCGAUCGAGGCCAGCUCCUCUUUCCCCAGAAGGCGUAUGCUCCCCUGGACAUGUACAACGCCAAGCACAAGGAAGAGAUUAUCGCGGCGGUGGAGGCGCUCGCCAAGACUAAAGAAGGCAAGCCCCUGGACCCCGCACUCUUGAAUGGAGAAUGGGAGUGCGUCCUGGCGACAAAGCAGAUAUUCCGCUCAUCUCCCUUCUUCAUGGCAAUCCAGGACGCGUUCGGCGAUGCCACGUUCGGUGAUAGCAAGUCUUCCGAGGUGUUCUUCCGCCUGCACGACCUGCAGGUGAUGUCCUGGGGCGCUUCCACGGUCGGUAGGGUGGCUCAGCGCAUCAACCUCGAGAAUGAGACUCUGGAGUCUGACUUUGACACCAUCCUCUUCAGAUCUACCGUCAUACCAAUCCUCGGCUGGUUCAAGCUCCUGCCCACGUUCGGUGGGAGGGUCGUCUCGUUCGCGGAGCGCGUCAAGCUGGACCCGGAGAGUGGGCGCAUCGACCUGGAGCUGAUGAAGACCAGGGUCGAGCGCAAGGAGGGUAUUCCCGAGCCGCCGCUGUUCCUUCCAUGGUUCCUCGAUCGGGAUUACCCGGUCAACGCGGUAUGGAGGCUUCUGCCGUGGAACAAGGGAAGGGCGCCCACCGCGACGACCUAUGUCAAGUACGUCGACGAAGAUUUCAGGGUCAUGGUGGACAGGGAUGGACAAUACUUUGUGUACUGCAAGGUUGCAUAA